UUUUCUUUUCUCCCAGCUGUGGUGUUUUUCUCUCGACACAAGCUUGGAAUCCGCAAUCAUGGCUCUAGCAGCACCCGUCGCAGGCGCCAUUGCAGGUGUCACCGCCGCUGCCGCUUAUAUCGACGCCAAAUACCACGUUUCCAAGGAUCUCGCCGCAAUCCGUGGCCAAAAGGCUGCGGUGCGCGCCAUAGAGAAGAAUUCGCAAGGCAAAGGACAGUCCCUUUGGUACCAAUUCGAAACCCAAGUCCGCCGUCUCCCUGCGAAUGAAGAAUGCAUCUGGUCUCGCAACGGCUGCUACACAUGGGCUGAAACAUACGCAAACGCCUGCCGGUACGGCCAGUACCUCCACCAGCAUGGCGUCGCGCCCGGCCAGCUUUUUGCCAUGUACAUGAUGAACCGACCCGAGUUUCUGUUUGCACACUUGGGCAGCUGGAGCAUAGGAAGCGCACCGGCGUGGAUCAACUACAACUUGGCCGGCGAUGCCCUGGUCCACUGCUUGAAGGUCAGCGGCGCCAAGGUGCUGCUUGUGGAUGAAGACAUGGAUUGCAGAAAGAGGAUAGAGGAUAUACGGGAAAGGCUGGAGCAGGAGCUCGGAAUGACCAUUCUGAUUCUGGACAACGACCUGAAGGGUGAGAUUUCGAGGACAGAGCCUAAGCGACCGGAAGACGAACUCAGAGUCAACGCCAAGGGCAAGUUCCCGCUCUUCAUCUUCUACACAAGUGGCACAACUGGACACCCCAAGGCCUGCCCAAUGCCGACGGAGCGAGCCCCUGGCAUGACAGGCCGUGUAGGUGCGCUGGGACUGAAACCAGGACCCAAUGGCGACCGAUGGUAUGUUUGCAUGCCUCUGUAUCACGGCACCGGAGGUACCACUGCGCUCGUCUGCUUGCUUGCUGGCCUUACCUGCUGCAUCGGCACCAAGUUCUCUACAUCAAAGUUCUGGAAAGACGUAGUCGAGUCCCGAUCCACCGCCAUCGUAUACGUAGGAGAGACGGCCCGUUAUCUCCUCAAUGCCCCUCCCAGCGAUCUCGACAAAAAGCACAAAGUCCGAGCCAUGUUCGGAAACGGUCUUCGUCCCGACGUGUGGCAGCGUUUUGUCGAUCGUUUUGGUAUCGAGAUUGUGGGCGAAUUCUUCAACAGCACAGAGGGCGUCAUGGUGCUUUUCAAUGGCUCUCGCGGGCCCUUCACAGCCACCUCAGUCGGACACCAAGGUCUGAUUGAGCGCUGGCGAACUCACAACGUAUAUGUCCCUGUUGAGGUUGACAUGAUCACUGGCGACCUCCUCCGUGACCCCAAGACCGGCUUCUGUAAACGCAAAUCGUACGAAGAGGGCAGUGAGAUUCUUGUCCACAUGCCUAGCGAAGACGCAUUUGUCGGAUACUGGAACAACCCGGAGGCCACCGAAAAACGCUUUGAACGCAACGUCUUCAAGAAGGGCGACCUCUACUACCGUACGGGUGACGCUCUCCGCCGUGACAAAGACGGUCGAUGGUUCUUUAUGGACCGUCUCGGCGACACUUUCCGCUGGAAGUCCGAAAACGUCAGCACAGCCGAAGUCAGCGAGGCACUUGGUUCGUUCCCUGGUAUCCAAGAAGCCAACGUCUAUGGUGUCGAGGUACCAGGCUACGAUGGCCGAGCAGGCUGUGCCGCCAUUUUCAUCGAUCCUGCGCACCGCAACUCGUUUGACUUCAACGCCCUGCUUGCGCAUGCAAGCGCAAAGCUACCCAAAUACGCAGUUCCCGUAUUCCUGAGGAUACAAAAGCAGCAAACGACAAUGCACAACAACAAACAGAACAAGGUUCCGCUAAGGAACGACGGUAUCGACCUCAGGAAGCUCAUGGAGAGGGCCGACAAAGAGGCCAAGGAGCAGGGCAACGAUCAGGUCGAGUACGAUACUAUCUACUGGAAUCCUUCGGCGCUGGGUGCUAACAAGGGAAUGAGCACUGGUGAGGGUUAUGUCGUGUACACGAUGGCGGAUUGGGAUCAGCUCAAGGGGAACAAGGAGAGCGCGAGGUUGUAGGGCUGUGGAUAAUUGUGUGCUGCUUUUUCUCUUGUUCGUAGCGUUCUCGAUUAGCAACGCAUUGUGUUUGUAAAGGGUGCAUUCAGAUAUUGUUAGAACUGGCCUGUCGAAGCG